UUGUAAAGUAUUUACAAAUUAAUAUUAAUUAUAAUUUUGAACUAUAGAUAUUAAGGUGAGCAUUCACUAGUGUACUUACUGCUUGGUUUACCUUAUUUAUGGAAUGUGAUACUGUUUGAUUUUAUAUAGAUAACUUACAUUACAAUGGCGCAGUGUUCUUUGGAAACCGAAACAGUUGAAGAGUUGACAAAUUUGCUUCUCGAUUUGAUUGAUUUAACUAACGAAGAGAACAGAAAGAAAAUAUUACAAUUUGUUUGUGGUCUACUCAACACUGAAGAGAAAGAAAAUAUUAAAUUGGCGUUCAAAUUGAGCCAAAAGAUAAAGUCAGCUAUCGAUGAAUCGAAGACCCACGAUCCUCAGCUGCUUCAAAUGUUGUUAUUAUGUGUGAAAUCGUGGAGUCAACAUAUGACAAAGGAUGAAAAGUCAGUGUUGAGUCUGAUCUGGUCAGUAAAUGCAACAAGCGAAGCACAAUCACUGGCUGGUCAAAAAGUCAUUCAGAUAUUUGAAGACUUUUUAAACGACGUCACAGUUGUUGAAAUUUUUACACCAAAGCUGCAUAAACAAAUUGAACAGCAAUUGCAGUCGAAGAUGAGCAAAGAACGUUUAGUUGGAAACAAUUUAUUGAAUAAGCUACUUGACAGUAUUAAGGAUCCACAUGAGAGGGAACUGGUUAAUUUUUCCGGACUAGACUUCAUAACCUAUAUCACAAUAAUUCAGUGCCUGCAAGUAGAGACAACUGCUGUGGCGCCCAAGGACGAUAAAUGUGGCUUGAUUUGGAUGCGUCCAUUGUACAUCCGAUUACUUUGCGAAGACAAUCUAUUGGUGCGACGUUGGACGCUGGAAUACUUGAUGCUUAAUACAACAUCUUCAGAUCUGAGGCGUGCUAAUCUACUGAUUGGAUUUCUUAAGGCAACCAACAAAAUAGAGCUACAUGAUCUUGAUACAUACGCUCUGCCAAAUCAACUAAUGACCAAUUUUGUGCAGAGACUUGAGUUGAAGCGUUUUCUAGUAGCAUUUGUAAAAGUGUCAUGGCUUGAAGUGCCUUUUGUGCGUUGGCUUUAUAGUUUGGAUACCAAACGAGUUCCUCAAAUUACACAAAAGAUUUUAUAUCAAAUCGUUCGGCUCGUGAAGAAAAUUCAAAAUCAAACACUACGUCUUUGGGCUAGCGAAAAACUAUUUACUCAUUUUAUGAACACAAUUCAAGAGUUGUCUUUGGUCGAAUAUUUAAAAUUCAGUCUAGACGUGUACGAUAAAGAAAAGGAUAUACCAUAUGUUGUGGAACGUAUGUUAUUGGAACAGAUCAGGAAAUGCAAAGACAUCAGUAAUCAACUUGGUCGUCUUAGUAGAGAAGGCUUUGAAAAAAUUUGCAGUGGACGCGAACGUCUAUUGGAUUAUUGGCCAUAUUAUCAAUUGUUUAAAAAACUGCAAAAUGUGCCAAAAUUUUGUGACGGCUUGUGGCGUCUUUCCUUUAUUCUAAUGCUGCACAAUAAACCUGAGGUUGUGGAUUUGUAUCAUGCUGAAUAUGAUUUAAAUAUUGAGCUAUUUCAAAAGUGCACAAAUUUAAAAGAAUUGCAAGAACAUUUGCUUGAAAAAUUAAACUGCAAAACCGAAGACGAAAAAUUAUUUCUGCUGCAAAAAAGUGUGGAUAUGUUUGUGGUCACCCGUAUAACUGAUUGGAGCAAAAUCGAAGAGGUGCAAUUAAGUGCAUUAGAACUUAUGGAGCAGGGAACAGAGAACACAUUUUUGCAUUUAACAGAUAUAUUGAGCAGCCAUAACCAAAAAUUACAAGAUGACAAAAUAUUUGAUGAGAUUUUACAAAAGUGGAAUCAAUAUAAAGAUGACUAUAAAAUGCAACGAGUUAUAGCCUGUAGAAUUUUUAGGUAUGCAGAAACAAACCUGAAUAUCGAUGAGAGGGUGAACCUAGUCCAUGAAAUCAUUAAAAAAUGCAAAAAUAAUACUGAUUUUGCUACGCUUUUAUACAAUACUAAUUCAAUACCGAAAUAUAUGGUUUUACAAAACCUCAUUCGAGAAGGAGACCCAAUGACAGACGAAGAACGCAUUGAAUUUGCAUUGGCGAAACAGUUAUCAUAUAGUUGUUGUACAAUAAGAAGAGAUGCUUUCAUCGAGUAUGCCUAUCGAUGGCCGUCAGAGACUUUAUAUGAAAUAUUUAAUAUGUUGAUACGUAUUAAUGUAAGCAUGAAUCGCAAUGGUGUGAUUUUAGAAAACUCUAAAGAAAAUAGAGUCCAAAUGCGAAUAUUAAGAGUCUUGUUGCACACGAAUCCAAACAGCAAAUUAUUUUGGACAAAUAAAUUAUGGCAGCUUUUGUUGUCCUCAUCUAGUCAACCGAAUAAAAUCUGCUACCUAUACGAGUGUUUGGUGGCCGAACAGUUACCCUUCGAUGCAUCGCAUUUCGAACAAUUACUGGAGCGAAUUGAACUAAUUUCCAACCUCGAAUCGAUUCAACAGGAUUCAAUAAUAUCAGUUCUUUACAUAUAUUGCAUGCGCAAAGUGGAUCUUUUAAAAGUGGAGCAUUUUCAAAGGGUCUUUGAAAUGUUGCUCAAUCAACAGAUGAACAUUUUGCAAUCAGAGACUCGAGGUUUCAUUCAAUUGGUUCUGCACAAACUGGCCUUAAAGUGUGAGGAGAAAAAAAUCGUAGUUCCCAUGGCCGUUGCAUUAAAAACACCACCAAAUAUUGUAUUUGAGAAUAAGAUAAUACAGACCACCAUUGAAGUGCGACUGAUGCUACCUGCAAUCAUGCACGCCUAUCCUUCCGACAUUAUAUUACACAUAAUUAACGCACCAAUUGACGAGUAUCGAAGACCAGUCUGGGUGGAUUCUUUUCCGAUGCGUUUAUAUGAUCAGUUUCGAAAAGUCUUUGCACAAAGGAGUUGCACUUCGUGAUUGUAUUAUUAUUUUUUAAGAAUUUGCUACCACCAAAGAAAAAAAUAAACACACAUUAGCCAAACAACAAGUGUGUUUUCUUUAGGGGUCGACGAGCGACAGGAUAAACAACAAAUUCUCUGCGCCUGCUCCGUUGUCACAAGCAACGGCUGCCAAAACCAAAUAAACACACUUGCCACCAACUGUCAGGUGGCAGAUGGCAGGUGGAAGUUGCAGGUCUUUUUAGUUAGUGCCAAGACACCACAAGCACAAAAUCAAAGCAAAAAUAGCAAUAAUAAACGUGCAGAAUGUGACACUUACACCGCAUAUGUGCGGGGCAAGGAAGAAAAAAGAAAAUAUUAGUGGCAACUAUCGUUACAUGGCAGCAGCACCUGCCUCAACCUCCACCUAAAUCUCAAUAGUGUGUGUGGACGAAAUGGGUGGGUUGGUGGAGGAGUGGAACAGCGUCAACAUUCAUCAUUAUUUGGUCACCCUGUCGGUGUCCCACAUAUCAAUCAAGUGUGAAAAUCGAAGCGAUAAAUCGGAUCCAGUAAACCCAGUAAUCGUAGAGUCAAGUGUACAACUGGGCAUAUUAUAGCUUCGGUCAAAUUAUUAGUAUUCCCGGCACUGUUCUCAAUAAUACCAGCUAAAACUCUAAAGACUUUUGAAAACAACAAAAAAAUAGGCUUUUCAAUAACACACAAAAUAAACGCACACAAUCGCGACAUAAGCGGAAGAUUAUUUGAUAU